GCCCACAAUCCUAUCUGCCAUAUCUGUUCACGUACGCGUAUCGUUCGCCGUCGUUCGCGCGUCGGCGAAGCGUGUACGCAGAUAAUCACCCUUCUUUACGGAGUGCGCGGCGCUUAUCAACCACCUGCGCUCCUGGGAAGGCUGCGACUGUCAGUCAGGACUAGCGCGAGCGACCUUAUCGGGGGCACUCCAUCGACUGAUUCGCAGUGGGGUACCAUGCCAUGAUAUAUACUCGUGCGUGCACCUUGUCCGUCGCCACCACACCUGCGCGAUCGGACGAUUUUGAGGCAGCUGAGGCAUUGGGACGCCAGCUGACUCGCGCCGGUUCCCCUUCAGCUCCUGCGUUCUCUUCGUAACAUACGUCCGUCAUGACCGUGAAGAGCGCACUUAUUCGGGCACGCGAGAUUGUGUGGGGGAAGCGGCCGGAAACGAAGGAAGAGCGGAGGUUGCUGAGGAAGAUCGACUGGUUUGUGCUAUCGUUCACUUGUCUGAACUAUUGGUCAAACUACCUCAACCGCACUAACUUCCAGAAUGCCUACGUCUCCGGCAUGCGCGAGGACCUCCACUUCGAAGGCGACCAGUACAACGUCGUCCUGACCGUCUUUACCGUCGGCUAUAUCGUCGGGCUUAUCCCGAAUAACCUGGCCCUGCAGUACUUCCCCGCGCGAGUCUGGCUGCCACUCAUGAGCUGUAUAUGGGGCGUACUGUCGGCAUGUGUAUCAAAGGUUACAACAGUUCACCAGCUCUACGCCAUCCGAUUCCUCACCGCCCUUGCGGAGAGUUCAACAUUCAGUGGCACGCAUUACAUCCUGGGCUGCUGGUACGCCCCCUCAGAGCUCGGCAAGCGCUCCGCCAUCUUCGCCGCCUCCGCGCAGAUGGGUUCCCUCUUCUCCGGCAUCAUGCAGGGUGCGAUCCAUAGCAACAUGGAUGGAGCGAAGGGCCUCGCGGGCUGGCGCUGGCUGUUUAUCAUAGAUGGUAUUCUAGCGGUGGCUAUUGCAGUGUACGGGUUCGUAUGCUUCCCGGGGGUGCCCGGGAAGGUGGGUGUCUGGUAUCUCACCGAGGCCGAGCGCGAGCUGGCUGUUGCGCGCUUGCCACCCCGACCAAAGACGCGGAUGGGCUGGGAUCUAAUAGGAAGGUGCUUGAGGAGUUGGCAGUGGUACGCCUUCACCCUCCUCUUCGCAGUGAGCUCUAUGCUCGAGGCGCUGGGGUUCGUCGGCGUGUUCGCGCUCUGGCUGAAGGCGGAAGGCUACCCCGUCGCCCGCAUCAACUACUACGCCCUCGGGCUCGUCGCCGUCGCGAUUGCUACGACGCUCUUGGCGGCGUGGUAUACGGAUUGGCUGAGCGAGCGCGCCGACAAUGCGCCUACUGGUAGCACCGACCCCGCCACAGCCCCUUACCGCCGCUCGACGCGCUGGCCCGUCAACUACUUCAUGUCGCUCUGCGCGUUAUUUUCGGGCAUCGUACUCGCGGUAUACGACGGAGUACCGAGGGGACUCGUGUUUGCGGCGUACUGUAUCAGUGGGGCGGGCUACGCCGGACAGGCCACCAACUUCGCGUGGUGCAACGCUGCGUGCGCGCACGACGAGCAGCUGCGCGCAGUCACGCUCGCCAGCAUGAAUGUUGGCAGCAACGUCCUGGCCGCGUGGUGGGGGUUGGUGUUCUACCCCGCUACCGACGCGCCUAAGUUCCGCAAGGGCAUGGUCACCCUCAUCGUCAUGGCCGUCCUCACUACUGUCGUUGGCGCCGGCGUGCAGUGGCUUGACGCGCGCGAAGCGAGGCGGCGAGCGAUAUGGGGACGACAUGAAGCUGAAUCCAUUGAGAGCAGCAGGGAGGACGACGACAAGCACCCGGUGGAAGGACACGUGCAGGAAGUGGAGGAGGACAAGUAGGAUGAUGAAGCGACGGGGCGGAAGUUUUGGAAAUUGUAGUGGUUCACGCAGGCAGAAUACGCAACUACGAUAUAUUACUGAUCGGUUCGACGAGUUUGUAGAUUACAUUGACGAUACAAACAGAUACAAAAGGAUGGAAAA